AUGAGCAACCAUGCCUUUUUAAAUAAAAACAACUACAGAGUAAUAAUUCAAAUUAUUACUAAUUAUAUAAACCUUGAACAAUAUGAGUUGGCAAGACUAUUAUUAAUAAAUUUAAUAAAUUCUAACUUAUUAAAUGUAUCAGACAUAGGAAAAAAUAAAAAAAUAACAAAUUAUUUAAUUAAAAAUAAGCUUUAUAUAUUAAAAAAAGUCUUAAAAUAUAUUAGAAGAUAUAUAAAAUAUGGACCAUCUCCUUUACAAAUAUUUUCAAAAGAAAUAUCAAGUUCUCAUUUUUUGCUAAAAUUAGUUAAUGAUUAUAAUUAUUUUGUGGAUAUUAUUUUUUUUAAUUUUAUUAAAUUUGAAAAUGAUUACAAAAUACUUUUCAGCCAGUUUAAACAGAUUUGUUCAGAUUUGCCGACUAAGGAUUGUGACAAAACAAGCCAAGAGAUAUAUGGCAAAACAAGCCAAGAGAUAUAUGACAAAAUAAAUAAAUACAAUUUUUUAACCAAAUAUAAAUAUAUACUAAAAAAAAAAUAUAUAUCAAAUGAAAUAAAACAGAAAAUACUUUUUGACAUCAUCCUUUCUAUUAUAAUUACACACAAGGACCAUUAUUUAAAACUUGGACAAAUUUUUAACAUUUAUUUUAAUUUCAACUUUUUUAGUAUUGACAUUUUACAGUAUUUGAGGCGUCUAUUUUAUUUGUAUAUAAAAGCGAGAGAAUUGCUUAAAAAUGGAAAAAAAAGCGGAAAAAAAGGUGGGAAAAAAGGUGGGAAAAAAGGUGGAAAAAAAAGCGGAAAAAAAAGUGGAAAAAAUGACAGAAACUUCCUACUAUUUUAUCUCAUUGAUUAUGUAAUGCCCGAUAAUAAAAAGCAGACAAAAAUUAAAACCGACAAAAGGAAUGAAAAAAAGAAUGCAAAUUUUGUUAAAAAUAUUUUUAGUGAAAAAAAAUACAAAAUAAAUUAUAAUGACAAUUUUUUUAAUAAAAUAGAUGAACUAACACUAACGAAUUUUAAAUUGAUUCACGAAACAGAUGGUUGCACAGAUUUAAUAAAUUUUCGAAAAAAAAAACAGAAUAAUAAAAAAAAAACUGAUGAUAUUUCAUCCAAAAAUAACUUAAAAAAAAAUAUGUCCGAAACUAAUAAUUUAAAUGUUAUAUAUAUUCCUCCUUUAUAUAUAGUCAAUCAAAAAUGUAUACAUAAUUAUAUCACAUCAUAUCAAGAUGAAAUUUUAUUUUUUUUUAAAAAAAAUAUAAUUAUAGAAAUAUUUACUGAUUUAUUUUAUCUAUGUUUUUAUUUACCAUCUUUAUCUCUUUCCCUUUUUAAAGCUCUUUUUUUUAAUAAAAAAUUCAAAAAAUUUUUAUUACACUUAUUUAUGUUAAACAAUAGACAAUAUGUCAAUUUUGGGGAAAAUAAAAAACAAAAUGGAAAUUCAAAUAUAUAUCAAGAACAACACAAAAUAGAAACAAAACAAAUAAAUAUCCAAAAUAAAAUAUAUGAAUCUUAUCUCAUUUUUUUAGAAGCAUAUUUUGAUAUCAUUCAUAUAUAUAUAAUUGUUUUAACAGAAAAAUUAAAAAAAAAUGAUUUAAUAAAUUAUCAAAAUUUUAUAUAUCUUUUUAAAUUUAAUCAUCUAUUUAUAAAUAACAUAUUUUUAUUUUCUAUAUCUUCAACUAUUUCAUUUUUAUAUCAAAAAUGUCAAGAAUCUUUUACUCAAAUUAGGUCAAAAAUUAAAUCAAACCCUCUUAUUUAUAAUCAUGCAAACAAAAUUGGUCCCAUUCAUCCUCCCGAAUCUCCUGACCCACCCACACACUCGCCAAACCAAAGUGUAAGCCACGUAAAGACUGAACAGGUUGAAAAGGUUGUGAAUGCUGUAAUGGGCGAAACGGGCGUAAUGGGCGAAACGGGCGAAACGGGCGAAAGCUUCCCACAUCUCUCAAAACAAUACCAUUUAGCAACUAAUAUUCUGAACAAAAUAUACACCUUUUUGGUAAUGUUAGCAUUUUAUUAUAAUUGUGAAGAUAUAAAAGUUUUAUGUGUUGAUUCGUUUUUUCAUAAAAUUGAUAUUGAAAAGGAUGAUUUUUUUAAAAAUUGCGAUAAUUUAUAUAAAAAUCAAAAUGAGGCAUAUUUGGUCAAGUUAGAUGGAAUUGGUUUAUACUUGUGCAUAAAUUAUUUGAAAAUUAACAAAAUAAUUUAUUUAUAUAUUAAUAAAUUAAGAAAUAAAAUGAGUUAUAGAAAUAUAUUCAAAAGUACUAAAUAUAUUGGAUACAAAAAUAAAUCCAUACUUUACGAAAUUCUAGUUUCGACCAAUACAUUUUAUUCAAAUAAAACUAAUCAAAUAUAUAAUAUAUUUAUUUAUUUAUUUAAUUAUAUUGAUGAUAUUUAUUCCAAACUUGUGAACCAUCAAAUAGUUUGCUAUCCAAUUGGAAUCGAAAAAAAUGAGGAUCUACUUUUUUAUAUUAAUUAUUCUCGAAUCUAUAACAUCCCUUUUUUAAGAUAUUUGUUUUACGUUUGCCAGACCCACCUGGUGCAAAACAACUUUGAGCAUCUAAAUAAGAUUCUAAACAAUUUUAAGGAUCUAAAAAAUUUGUGCAUCUUAUACUGUAUUGAAAAUACGAAUGAUGUAGGAAUAAAAUUCAGAUGUUUAAAUCAAAUAGAAAUAUGCAAAAAUAAUAGAUAUUUAUAUAAUUAUAUUAAAGACAUAAAAAUAAAAAUAAAUCUUACUUGUGUAAAUUACAAUUUUUAUAAAACCCAUGAACAUAAAUUAAAAUUAUUUAAAACAAAAAAAGUCAAAAAAAAUGAUAUAUAUAAAAUGUUAGAAAAUUAUUCUAUUCCAUAUUUUUUAAACAAAUUUAAUAUAAUACCAUAUGUUAAUGCAACCUUUAUUAUGACAUUAAAAAAAUAUACUAAAAAAUUAUCUUUUUCUAAAAAAAAAAAAUAUAUGAACUUAAACAUGCUCUCAUUUUAUACUUCAAUUAAAGCAGCAUAUGGCUACUUGUCAGGGACAACGGGCCUACACGAGGUUGAGAAGAAUUACAAACUGGUUCGAUACAAAGAGUGUAAAGUAAAAUGUCUAUUUUAUAUUAUAAUAAUUUUAUUUAGAUUUAUAGAAAAAAGACAAAUAAAUGGGUCCAAUUUUAUAAAGCUUGUAAUAUUUAUAUAUAAUAAAUUAAGAGAAAAUAAUAAAAUCAACAAAAAUAAAUCGAUAUUUUUUUUUAAUUUAAGAAACUUGUUAUUUAAAAUAUUUGAAAAUAUUUAUACAAGGUUAAUAAUAUUUUUUACAAAUUUUGAAAUUACCAAAAAUGUGAAAAACGUAAAAAUAGAUUAUAAUGGCAAAUAUAAGAAUAGUUACAGGGUUCCGAAAAAUGGCAAAAAGAAUCAUAAAAAUGGGGAAAAAAAUCAUAAAAAUGGGGGAAAAAAUCAUAAAAAUGGGGGAAAAAAUCAUAAAAAUGGGGGAAAAAAUCAUAAUAAUGGGAAAAAAGACGAUUCGGGGGGGAAAUUGAAAACUUGGGCAGCGUAUCCCUCAAAAUGUGAUGAUAAAUUUGUAGUAUUUAAAAUAAAUGAUGAUAAAAAAAAUAAAAAAUGUUCAUUUUAUAAUUUAUUAACAAGAAUAGAAAAGAAAAUAAAAGAUAAAGAAUAUAUAUACUCUUGUUUCAAAAAAAAUGAAAGAAUACAUAAAUUAAAAAAAAAAAAAAUUAACAACAUUUUAGACAAAUAUAUAUAUGAUAUUAUAUACAAUACAUCACAAGAAUAUGUUUAUAAAAAUAUUGUUAAUCAAAAAGAUAAAAAUAUUAAUAUAUUUUUCCUUAAUAAAUAUAAAAAACAAUUAAUUAUGUCUACAUAUACAUAUAAUUUAAUUUUAUAUCUCAGAUUUAUUCAAAUAUUUAAAAAAAUAUAUAUUAAAAAUAUUUUAUCAGAUUCAACUUUUAUUAACAAUUCAUAUAUUUCUCAAAUUUUAUAUAUAUCUAAAAAUAUAUAUUAUAAAAAUAGUUUUCUUAUUUAUUUAUUUGUUUAUUACAUUAAUAAAUAUAAAGAAAAUGAAAUAAAUCGAUACAUUUUAUUAAAUAGUUAUAAUAUCGAUUUCUUGUUAAUAUAUAUUUUUCUUGGAAUAUGUGUGACACAUUCUUAUCAAGUUGAAAAUGGAAUCAUUUUAUUAAAUUUUGCAAAAACAAAAGUGAAUAAAAUGAAAAAUGAUGUUGAACAAAAGAAAAAAGGACAAAUCAUAUUCAAAUUUUUACUUUAUUUUAUUAAAAAAUUACAUAUAUUAUUAAAAAUCAAAAAAAAUAUAUCUAAAAAUAAGUUACCAACAAAUAAAAACGAUCAAAAUGGGUAUAUAUAUGAUAAAGCACUCAGCCAAAAUUUACGUCGCAAAAAGAUGCAAAACAGGGUACAGAAUAGAACACAAAACAUUCUUCUUAUUAAAUAUCUACUCUUAACAUCGAAUUCGCUAAAAGUGCAAUCCAAAAUGAUAAAAAAAUAUUUCAUAGAUUUAUAUAAAAAAAAAAAUUUUUUACAAGACAUGUUUUUUUUUUUUUCUAAUAUGAAAAAGAAGAAAAAAAUAGUUUUAAAAAUUGAAAAUUCACAAAUAGAUAAAGAAAAUUAUCCAAAUUUUACAAAAGAUGCAAAUAUUUGUGUAAAAAAUAAAACAAAAUAUCAAUACAUAUCUUAUAAAGAUAUGCACAAUAUUUUGAACAAAUAUUCUACACUCUUAAUACAAAAUAUAGAUGAUCAAAAAGGAAAUGUGUUAAAUUAUUUACUUUAUUUUUUUUUCUUUUCUGAUAUAUUAAUAACAUAUAUAUAUGAUUCGAUAAGCGGAAAUAAGAUAGAUGCAAAUUUUGUCGACUCUUUUUCUAAAACCCAAACGACCAAAUCGGCACAAAAAAAUAAACCGGCACAAAAAAAUAAACUGACCAAACCGACCAAACCGACCCAAACAAAUCUAUACCACAUCACAUAUCAAACAAAAAUCAACUAUAAUUUGUUUAACAUUUUUACCAUAGAUAUAUAUACACUUGUAAAAUAUAUUUUGUUUAUUGUAAAGUCAUAUGGAAAUGCUAAAAUUUUAUGUUCUUUCUUUUUCAUACAAUAUUAUCAUCUUUUAGUUGGAAAUAUACAAACAAUAUUUUCUAUAUAUAAUGAAAUUCCUAUUCAUAAAAAAAAUUUGGAUUCACAAUUUGGAAUUAUUAAUUUAUGUUCUAAUAUCAAAAAUAAUAAACAUAUAAAAUAUAAAAUAAAAUCAAAAAAUAUAUAUAAAAAUAAAAAACCAAUAAUAGAAUGUUUAACUAAUGAUUUUUUAUUUUUGAUUAAUGAUGUAAAUACUAUAAAAAUUAUAGAAAGAAAUAUAAAUUUAACAAUAAAAAAAAAUAAAAUUACAAAUAUACAACAAUUAUACAAAUUGUAUAUAGAAUAUAUAAUAGACAAAAUUGAAAAUCAAGAAAUAAAAAUAUUUCCAAAUAAAUCUAUCUCUACAAGACUAAAAUGUGCACACCCACCACCUGAUAUGUCUGACACAUCUGAUACGUCAAAUAAUACUAAUAAAAAAAACGCCAUUAUGAACAUUUUUAUAUGCUUGGAAAAGUGCGAUUAUUAUUUUCCCUUCUGUUUCAAUAUAUUAUAUGCAUACCACUUUUCAAAACCGUAUAACAUUUUGAAUCGAUAUAUAAAGGAGCUCUAUAACAAUGUAAACAGGAUCUUUAAAAUUGUCGAAAAAAACGGAGAAAAAAACGGAGAAAAAAACGGAGUAGACGAAAAAAACGAAAAAAACGGAGUAGGCGAAAUAAACGAAGUAAAGGGCAACAGCCUUACCAUCGAACUGCUUAAUGGCAUCUAUUUUGUAAAAUACCAUGACCUGUUUCAUCUCAAUUUUUUUACCAAAUAUGUUUUAUUUUCUUCACUCUUUGACAAUCAGAGUUAUGCAGAUUGUUUAGAUAUUUGUGAAAAUGGCAUUAAAUAUGACCAAUUUAUUUCUAUUAAAAAAUAUUAUUCUAAUUUGUUUCAAAAUUUGAAUCGACUUAAUUUAGAUGCAGAUAAAAGAAAAGAAAAUCUCCGAUUCUUGUUUGAAUAUAUAUUACAGAUAGAUGUACCAAUUGAUGUACGAAUAGAUAUAUUUGUAAAUAAAAUAAUGAGAAAUUAUAAAAAUUUGGAAAUAUUUUGUUUUCAUGAGCUUAUGAUAGCAUUAAAUAUGUGUCUAUAUAAUGAAAAGAUUCAAAAUUAUGAUUCAAAAAGUAAUAUGCAUCUAUAUAUUGUUAAUUGUGAAAAUAUACAUAAUCUUCCAAAUAACAUAGAUGCAAAUCUAGCCAAAUUAAAUACAUAUAAACAUAUUUUUAAAAUAAUUUAUCAUGCUAAAAAAAUACACAAAUCAUAUAUAUCAUCUAUUAAUCCAACAAACAAAUUCAAUUUUGUUAAUAUUUAUUUAUCUAUUUUAAAAAAAGAAGAAAAUAAAAUUGAUCUAUUAAAUUUUAUUUCAACAUAUAAGUUAUUCAAAUAUUGUGUUUUUUUGGUAAAAUUUAAAAACAUUUCAGAUAAAAAUAAAUCUGAAAUUAUUAUGAAAUUUACAAAUUAUUAUAUUUUGGAUUUAUGGCGUCUUAAUAAAGAUGUAGACAAAACAAUAGAAUCAGAUAAUUGUAAAAUUGUAAAAAAAAAUAAAAUUAUUUUAUUUUUAAAAAAAUUUAAAGCUCAAAAAUUGAAAAGUAUAAUUCAUUAUAUAUUCUAUAAAAAUAAAUUAAAUAUAUUAACAAAUCUUUUACAUUUUUUAUUGAUACAUUUUAAACACAGAUAUAUUAAAAGGUUUUAUGUAUUAAGCUUAGUUGCUAAAUAUAUAAAAAUUGAACAUAUUUUUAAAAAAAAUAUUAAUAAAAUAUAUAAAAAUAUACUUCCAAUAUUGAUACAAAACAAUCAUAUAGAAUUAGCAGAAUAUAUAAUAAGUAAAAAUUUGAUAACAUUUAAAAUGUAUAAAAUAUAUUAUUAUGCUUUUUUAAAUAUUAAUAUUAAUUUAUGCACGAUAAAUGAAUCGAUAGUUGGCAAAAAUGAAUCUGAACAGAUUCAAACAGAAAACAUAUAUAACAUACAAAAAUGUAUUGAUAUAUUAAAAUUGUCUAUUAUUUAUCGAGCAAAAAAUAAUAUUAAAUUUAUUUAUUCUAUUUUUUUAUUUAUAACUCAAAAAUUAUUUGAUACAAUUUGUGAAAGCUUAGAUAAUAAUCAAAAUCACAAUAAUAUUUAUAACACUUUUGAUUAUAAACAAAACCUUAUUAGAUUAAGGACAAAUCAUUUUGAAAAUCAAAAAAAAGAUAUAAUUAAAUAUACACAAAAUAUAAAUUUUCAAAAAAAACACAGCUUAUUUAAUAUGUUUUACAAAAAUUGCAUUUACAAAAAUACUCAAAAUGUGCAAAAAAAUAAUAUAAUUAAAAAAUAUCACAUCUUAGAUAGAUGCACGAAAAAAGAUGCAGCAAACGUUGACAGUUCUAAAAAUAUCAAUUUGGAAAUAAAUGCUGCAUCUGGUCAUGAUAGACAAAUUAAAGAAAAAAAAAAAAAUAGAUUAAACAUGAGUACAGAUAAAAAUGUAGACAAACAAAUUAGUACAAAUAUAUUGAUAUACAUUUUUUAUAAGAUAUGUUUUUUUUUUUAUGAAAAUUAUAAGGAAUUAAAAAGUGCAACCAAUUUAGUAUCUAAUUUAUUACCUAUUCUAAUAUAUAUAAAAAUGUCUAUAAAAUUAAAUAUUAGAAUUAAGGAUAUUAUUAAAAUGAAUAUACAAUAUUUAAUAAAUAAAUUAAAAAAAAAAAAUUAUAAUAUAUGUAAUUAUUUAAUACAUAGAAUAUAUUCUUGUUACUUUUAUAACAUAAAUACAUUUUAUAUAUUAAAUGAGUAUGAUUUAUUUUAUUCAUUUUCAAAAAAAAAAGAAAUUUAUAACAAAUAUAAAAUGAUAAAAAAUUUGAUAUCUUUGAUAUAUCGUUUCAAAUCACCUUUUAAUAGUUCAGAAAAUAUAAAUCUAACUUAUUUAGAAAAAAUCAAAAGGUUUUAUAUAUUUAAUCAUGAAAAUAUGAUAUAUAUUUAUAGGAAUAAGAAUAUAAACAAAAUUUUGUAUAACAAUUUGAUGAAUAUGCGAAAUGAAAAUAAACAUAUUAAAAUAAAAAAUAUUCUUAAUUCAUUAUAUUUUGAUACAUCCAAUUUUUAUAAUUUCCAAAACGAAAAUAAACAAAUAAAAACAACAGCUGAUAAAGUUAGCAACAUUGAAAUAGCUAAUGGUCAUAUUUUUCUGAACAAUGCAAAUGAAGUAAAAUUAUGUAAUUUUGUAAAAAAAACAAAAAAUAAAUUUAAAGUAAUAAGAAAAGAAAAGAUACAUGAAAUAAUUCAAAAUAUUCGUUUUAAUAUAAUGGCAUUUCAUUAUGAACUUUUAAAUAAAAAUAAUACACAUUUUUAUUCCACUCUUAGUUUAUUUUGUUUCUUUUUUUUUGAUUUUCAUUUUUGUAAUAAUAUAUAUAAAAAUUAUAAAAAUUUAUCAUCUUAUUUAAACAAAUAUACACAUAUAGAACGAAAUAUUAUUACUAACAAUUUAAAUGUUAAACAAGUUGAAAUAUUUAAAGAAAUAAAAAAUCAAGAACGAAAUUACAGAAAAAAUAUAUAUUCUGAUUAUUUAUCUUCAUAUAAAAAUAACAAUUUAAUAAAUAAUGAAAAUAUUUAUAAAAUGGUUAUUCGAACAGGAAAAUACAGUUAUCUUACUUAUAUUAUAUUAACAAAUUCCGAAAUUAACAAAAUUAAAAAAGAGAGAAAAAAAACGAAUGUUAGACAAAACAUUUUUAAAUAUUUUACUAUUGAUAAUAUUAAUUAUUCUUCCUGUUUACAAAUAAAAAAAAAUAAAAAAUUAUUUAUUUCUCCAAAAUAUAAAUCAAAAAAUAAUGUUAUAUGUACAAAUUUGUUAGAUAAUGAACAAAAAUAUAUAUAUUCCUUUAGUACACCUAUUUAUAUAAAUAGACAUGUUUUAAACGAAAUAACAUUUAGUUAUCUUUACAACUAUUGUAACAACAUACAUUUUAAAGCUAAGGAUAGUGAUAUAGAAAAGGUAAACAAGUUUGCACACAAAAAUUUAUUUAUUUAUUUAAUAGAGAUAAUAAAAAACCCAUAUGUAAUAAAUUAUAAUCAACGCUACUUCGAAAAUGUAGAAAAUGUAGAAAAUGUAGAAAAUGAUUCUUACAAUCAAGGUAGUGCACUAAACCAAACGCUAUAUUUACGAAAUUAUUGCUUAUCAAUUUUUGACAAAAAAAAUAAAACAAGUGAUGAUAAUAAUAAUGAACAUAAUAAUGAUCAAGAUAAUAAUAAUUGCACCAAUUUUAUGAACAAGUCAGGAAAAAAAGCCAACUUUUCACAAAAAAAAAAUAAUAAGCUUAAAAUAAAAAAAUUGGCUAGCUCGAAAACAACAUUUAUAUAUUCCAAUUAUAUAAGACAAAAGAAAAUUACUCAAAUUACUAAUAUGUUUAAGAAUAAACUAGAGAUAUUCCAAAGAUAUAUCAUAUGUAUGCACAAUAAUUCUUUAGAAAAAAAUAUAAUGCAAUUUUUUAUAUCUAAGGAUGUUAUAGAUUAUUAUAAAUAUUUGUUUUAUGAUAUAAACAAUUGUUCUUACCCUCUAUGUUAUAUAAAUCCGAGCGAUAAUAUGAAUAUCAUGUUACAAUAUUUUAAAAAUGAUAUUAACCAAGUUUCUGAAGAUAUUAUUUAUUUCGAAAAUAAAAAAUAUGUUAACAAUAAAAUUAAUGCAAAAAAAAUAAAAAUCUACCUUUUUAUUACUUCUUUACUACUUCCUCUUGAUUCGAGGUCCUUAAAAUUGACAAACUACAACAAUUCAAAAUAUGAUGACAAUUUUAUAAGAAGUUUGAAAGACUAUUGUUCUUUGCACAAUCUGAUGAGCUUAUAUACAAAAUAUGAUUUGAGCAAAUCAUGUCUUAAGCUCCUUAUAAAAAAUGAUUUACUAUCAGAAUAUUUUAUAGGAAUCGUUAAAAGGGCAAAUAAAUAUAAUUAUAUUUAUAAGAUAUUUCAAAAUGUGUCUAAUUUUAGGAACCCACUUCUUCAGCAGAAAAUAAAGUGCUAUUUGCUAAAAAAGAAAAUGUACAACUUGCUUUACAAUUAUGUGAUUUUUUCAAGCGAUUAUUUAAAUGCAGCCAUCAUAAGUAUAUACCAUUAUUCCAUUGCCCGAAAUAUUGAUGCGAAGAAUGGUCAUCUAAACAAUGCUAUCGUAAAUCUUACCUUAAUUGUUAAAAAUUUAGAGAGUUCGAAGAAUUAUAAAAAUUCCAACCGAAAUAUUUUUUAUGACAAUUUCAUAUUCCGAAAUAAUACCAAUCGAAAAAAGAAAAAUAGACAGUUAUAUAAUAAAAGCAAUUUUAAUAUUCUUUUUGAUGAAACUAAAAAACGAACAAAUCACACAAUUCCAAUCGAAUUAAUAUUCAGAUAUAUUGAUUUGGUAAUUCUUCAGCAACAGCUGUUACAAGAAGAUCUCGAUAUACAUGGGAAUAUAAUAAACUCCAAAAAAAUAGACAUUAUGUUUUGUAUUAGUUUAUUAAUUUAUAAAAAAAUAUAUAUUUUAGCAGACAAAAUAAUUAAUAUAUAUCAAUUUAAUUAUAUUUUUACUUAUUGUUUAGCUUGUAUGUUUUGUCUUUUAAUUAAUCAAAAUUUAUCUUUUCUACACAAUAUAAUGAAUUACAUAAAAAUAAAAUUAAAUAAUAAUGACAUUAACAUAUUUGUUUUGCACAUAAUUUAUCUUUAUUUGGGAUAUAGAAGAAAAUUUAAAUUUAUAUACGAAGCUAUUCAAGAAAUGCAUGAAAAAGAGGUGAAACCAAAAACAACUGAAUUAAACAAUUCAAAUACAAAUAUACCAAAUACACCAAAUACGUGUGCAGAAAAAUAUGAUAAAAUUAAUAUGCCAGCUAGCCAAAUAUCCGAAUAUGAUAUUAAUAUGAAUAUUUUACCUGAACAGGUUAAUAAUAUAUUAACAUAUAUUACUGAUAAUGAUUUUUUAUUUUAUUCACAUGUAUUAAUUUAUAUUCAUAAUAAAAAAGAAUAUAAAAAUUUAUUUAAACAUAUUAAAAAUAUAUUAUUUACAAAUAUAAAAAAAAAUGAUAUUUACAAAAUGAUAAUAUGUGCAUAUAAAUAUAUUAGUAACAAAAAAAAAAAGAAUAUUAAUCUUAGCCCUAUCAAUAAAAAAAGUAAUUAUAAUUUUAUUCAUGACAAUCUAUCUUAUUUAAAAAAAAAAAAAAUAAAUAAAAUAAGUAUAAAGGAGUUUGGAAAUAUUCAUCAAGAUCAAAACUUUUCUACUUUAAUGUCUUUGGCUAAGCAAUAUCCUGAUAAUAUUAAAAAUAAAAUAAGCACUGAAAUUUUGUCUAUUUACAAAAAUUCUAGUAUAUUAUAA